AAGCUCAAAUGGAUAAUUCAAAUUCACAAUUAAAAACCCAACAAAGUACUCUUUCCCCACUUUCAAGCUCUAAAGAAAUUGAAAAUAAAUUUUCAACUUUAUCAGUUUCAUCAACUCUAACACUUUCUUCAGAUUCUAUCGAUGGAAAAUAUGUACCAAAAAUUAAUGGAAAAACAUUAACAGAAUUAUUAAAAUAUCAAUCAUUUGAAGAUAUUCUAGGUGAAGUUUUAAGUAAAAAAAUUAAUAUUUAUAAAGAAUUACCCAAAGAAGAUGUUCAUUUUGGUACAGAUGAUAUAAUGGCAGUUGGUGCAAGUGGUAAAGUUUAUAAGGGUAGAUACCGUAAUAAAGAUGUUGCAAUUAAAGUUUAUAGUACCGAAAACUUUUGUUUUAAUACUGAAGAGUUUGAUAGAGAAAUUACAAUUAUGAGUUUAAUAGAUAGUGAUCAUCCAAAUUUUACUAGAUUUUAUGGGGCAAAUAAACAAAAUCCAAAGUAUUUAUUUAUGGUUUCAGAAUAUGUUCAAGGAGGUAGCUUAAGAGAUUUACUAUUGAAUAAAGAUAAACCAUUAACUUAUUUCACUCAAUUAUCAAUCGCACUAGACAUUGCAAAUGCAAUGCAAUAUUUACAUUCAAUAGGUGUAAUUCACAGGGAUUUAAAAAGUUUAAAUGUAUUAAUAACUGAUGACUAUUCCGCUAAAGUUAUUGAUUUUGGUACAUCACGUGCAAUCGAUGUUUCAAAGCAAAUGACAUUAAAUCUUGGUACUUCUUCAUGGAUGGGUCCAGAAUUAUUUAGAAAUGAACCAUAUACUGAAUUAUGUGAUGUCUAUGCUUUUGGUAUUGUACUUUGGGAAAUUUUUUGUAGAAAAGAACCAUACGAAGGUGUUAAUAGUUGGUCCAUUCCUUUAAUGGUUGCUAAAGGUGAACGUCCUCCAGUUCCAUCCGAUUGUCCAAGCGAAUACAGUAAAUUAAUGAAAGCUUGUUGGGCUGAUAAACCUAAAAAGAGACCCAAAUUCAAAGAUAUUCAUCAAACUUUAAAACAUAUGGUUGAAAAUUUAACCUUAAAAAGAUCAAAAAAAUAGUUUUAGUAAAAUAAAUUUAAAUUUUUUUUUAAUAUCUAAAAACC